AUGGCGGACCGAAUUCGAUACAGCAAGUCUCAGCUCGAGAAAUACUACGAUCGAAUUGCCUUUCCGGCAUCUGAUCGUCAGUACAACAUCAGCAACCUCUCAUCUGAAGACCAACAGUCAUACCUCGACACUUUAACAAAACAACAAAUUCUCGCAGUUCCGUUUGAGAAUCUUACUCUUCACUACUCAUGGCAUCGCACCGUCGACGUCAACGCCGAUCAUCUCUACGAUAAAAUCGUAAAUGAGAAGCGAGGCGGUUAUUGUAUGGAGAACAACACUUUGUUCAACACAGUUCUUCUCUCGCUGGGUUAUCAUGCCUACAUGGUUGGAGCAAGGGUCUUUAACCCUGACGCUGGAAGAUUUGGCGGCAGUUCACAUUGUCUCAGCUUGGUGAUUAUUGCUGGGAGGACUUAUGCCGUUGAUGUUGGGUUUGGGGCACGAAACCCGACGGAGCCGUUGGAAGUUGUGCACGAGCUUGUUCAUAAGCGAUCAGACGGUGUUCAAAUGCGAUUGCGGCAUGAUACCAUCGCGCAAAAUGUCAGCAAUCAAAAGCUCUGGAUAUACGAGUAUCGCUCUCAUGACAGAGGCGAGUGGUUUCCUCAGUGGUGCUUUAUGGACUAUGAGGUUCUCCCUGAAGAUAUUCGAGUCAUGAACAUGUCUCCGUCCAAGAGUCCCUCAAGCUUCUUCACUUUCAAGGUCGUUAGUGUGCAGUUCACUUCUGAGAAGGAGGAUUAUUCAGAUGGAAGCGCUAGGGACUUGAAAAACGUGGGUGGUGUCAUUGAUGGAAACUUUAUCAUCGAUGGGAAUGUGUUUAAGUAUAGAAAGGGUGGAGAGACUAAGUGGGAAAAGACUUUCAGGACGGAAGAGGAGAGGUUGGAUGCUUUGAGAAAGUAUUUUGGUGUAGAGUUGACUGAGGAGAAUGAGAGGGCUAUCAGGGGAACUGCAGGCGCUAUACCAUAG